CAUAUAAAGAAAAGAGAAGAAGAAGAACUUCGGUAGCCAUUACGAGUUUUAUUUUCUCCCUCCGGUGUUUCUGUCUAUUUUCGUUUUCUGUCUUUCAUUUGUUUAAUCUCAGUCUGUCUAGUGCUGUUUAUACAAGAGUGUCGUCUAUCCUAAUGAGGGAGCUUCGUCCCUCACUGGCACUGGGAGAUGGUGCUGUUAAACAUUUCUGACCAGCCACCUCUGGUCCAGGCCAUAUUUAAUCGGAAUGCAGAUGAAGUUCAGUUAUAUUUGCACAAGAAAGAUGAAGUCAAUGCACUGGACCAGGAGCGACGCACACCUCUGCAUGCUGCCGCUUGGUUGGGGGACGUCCAUAUCAUGGACCUCCUCAUCACAGCAGGUGCAAAUGUCAACGCGAAGGACCACAUGUGGCUGACACCGUUGCACCGAGCAGCAGCCUCCAGGAACGAGAGGGCGGUGGUGCUGCUGUUGCGAAAAGGGGCCGACGUGACGGCGAGGGAUAAGUUCUGGCAGACGGCGUUGCACAUCGCUUCAGCAAACCGAGCCAUGCGCUGCACCGAAGCCCUGCUCUCCCACAUCAGCAGUGUGAACAUGGCCGACCGCACGGGCAGAUCCGCCCUUCACCACGCCGCCCAGAGCGGCUGCCAGGAGAUGGUUAAAUUGCUGCUGAACCGAGGGGCCAAUCUGAGUGCCAGCGAUAAGAAGGAGAGGCAGCCCAUCCACUGGGCGGCUUACCUCGGUCAUCUGGAGGUGGUAAAGUUGCUGGUGUCUCAAGGUUCAGAUAAGAGCUGUAAGGACAAGCGUGGUUACACUCCUCUGCACGCCGCCGCCGCCAGCGGACACGUCGACGUGGUCAAGUACCUGUUGCGCAACGGAGCAGAGAUCGAUGAGCCUAACGCUUUUGGAAACACCGCUCUACAUGUAGCCUGUUAUAUGGGGCAGGAAGCAGUCGCUAAUGAGCUAGUUAACCGCGGUGCUAACGUUAAUCAGCCCAACCAGCGAGGCUUCAGCCCCCUGCACCUGGCUGCCGUGUCCACCAACGGUGCCCUCUGUCUAGAGCUGCUGGUCAACAACGGGGCUGAUGUCAACAUGCAGAGCAAAGAAGGCAAAAGCCCCCUCCACAUGGCAGCCAUCCACGGACGCUUCACUCGCUCCCAGAUCCUCAUUCAGAACGGUGGGGAGAUAGACUGUGUGGACAGAUAUGGCAAUACUCCUCUUCAUGUUGCUGCUAUGUAUGGCCAUGAGCUGCUCAUCAGCACCUUAAUGACAAACGGUGCUGAUACAGCCAGGCAAGGGAUUCACGGGAUGUUCCCACUGCACUUAGCCGUGCUCUACGGGUUCUCUGACUGUUGUCGCAAGCUGCUCUCCUCAGGUCAGCUGUACAGCAUCGUCUUGUCGAUGAGUAAAGAGCACGUGCUCUCGGCUGGCUUCGACAUCAACACUCCAGACAAGUUCGGGAGAACCUGCUUACACGCUGCUGCCUCUGGAGGAAACACUGAAUGUCUGAACCUGCUGUUGAGCAGUGGUGCUGACAUGAAUAAGAAGGACAAGUUUGGGAGGACCCCUUUGCACUAUGCGGCUGCUAACAGGAGGUAUCAGUGUGUGGUGAUUCUAGUAGGAGCAGGAGCCGAGGUCAACGAGCCUGACAGAACAGGCUGCACACCUUUACACUACUCAGCUGCUUCCACUGCUUUCUGCAGAGUGGAUAGAGGCCAGCAGAGUCCAGAGGAUGGAGAGAAGGAAUCAUUCAUGUGUGUGGAGUACUUGCUGGAUAACGGAGCAGACCCGUGCCUGUGCAAUUCUAAAGGAUAUAAUGCUGUGCACUACGCAGCUGCCCACGGCAACAAGCAGAGCCUCGAGCUGCUUUUGGUGAUGUCCUACAAUAUAUCAGGAGACGCAGAUAGCACCGGACCUGUCAGUCCUUCACACUUAGCCGCGGAGGCAGGGCACUGGGAGUGUGUGAGCGUGUUGAUCGAGUCGGGGGUGUGUGUGGACGUGUGCGACCCGGCAGGACGAUCCGUGCUAUACGUGGCCUCUCAGAGAGGACACGCUCGCUGUGUGGAGCUGCUGCUCAGCCAGGCAACAUCCUGUCUGCUCACUGAGCACCGCAAAAAGUGGAGUCCUCUCCACGUUGCAGCUGCCAGCGGCCACACAGACUGUCUGCAGAUGCUGCUCUGCAGCGAAGAGGACUGUGACCUUCCGAACGUCUCCGACAGCGAAGGACAAACUCCUCUGAUGCUGGCUGUACUGGGAGGACACACCGACUGUGUCCUCUUGCUCCUGGAGCGAGGGGCGCGUCCUGACACGAGAGACCGGAAAGGAAGGACGGCACUUCACAGAGCGGCACUGCUCGGCUGGGAGGACUGUGUGACUGCUCUGCUGUCCCACAACGCAACAGUCCUGACUAAAGACGUUCAGGGCGGUUCUGCACUCCACCUGGCUGCUUCUUGUGGCCACACUGAGAUCUUGUCCAGAUUGUUGUCUGCUGCUGAUCACACCAACCCACACCAUCCUGUCACCGACUGCCACGGCUUCACCCCCACACACUGGGCAGCCUACCACGGUCACGAAGACUGUUUGGAAGUUUUACUUGAAAUUAAACCAUGUAGUAUCAAGGAGGGAAACCCCUUCACCCCACUGCACUGUGCUCUAAUUAACGGCCAUAGUGGUUCUGCAGAAAUUCUCUUGAACUCCAGUUUUGGCACGUCACUGGUCCACACCAGGGAUGCAAAGGGAAGAACUCCGCUCCACGCCGCCUCCGUAGCCGAGGAUGUGUCCGGGCUGCUCCUGAUUCUGCGCAUGGGCGCCGACAUCAAUGCCGUGGACCACUCGGGACGCUCGGCACUCAUGGUGGCUGCCGACAAGGGCAAGAGCGGCGCCGUGGCCCUGCUGCUGCACCGAGCCAAAGCGGAUCUGUCUCUUCUGGAUGUGAACAGAAACACUGCCCUGCAUCUGGCCUGCAGUAAGGCUCAUGAGAUGUGCGCCAUGCUGAUCUUGAAAGAGAUCCACAACCCGACUCUCAUCAACGCAACCAACAGCAUGCUUCAAAUGCCUCUUCACAUCGCAGCCAGGAACGGCCUGGCCACUGUGGUUCAGGCUCUGCUGAAUCGUGGAGCCACGGUGUUGGCAGUCGAUGAGGAGGGUCACACCCCUGCCCUGGCAUGUGCUCCCAACAAAGCUGUGGCCGACUGCCUCGCUCUCAUCCUCUCGACUAUGAAGCCUUCAUCUUCCAGCGCCCCUUCGUCCUCUCCCUCCUCCCCCAGGCUGAACCUGCUCAAGCAUUGUGGCAUCACUGCCGCUUGCCCUCCUUUGCCCAACGGAGGCCUUCGCCACACCUACGGCAAAGAUCGGCACGGUGCCACCUUCGGAUUGGACGGCUGUCUGACCGAGUGAGCUGUUCUGCAUCCUACAGCCCUUACGACAUACAGCACACACACAAUAACACGUCUGUGUGUGUGUGGAUGAUCAAUUUGGUCUCUCUCUCUCUCUCUCUCUCUCUCUCUUUGAGUAUGUCCUUCUUUCUCUCUUAAUUCUUAGACACCUAGUCAAAAAGGAUAUGCAAUUACAGCCACUUAACCCUCCUGCCCCCAUCAUCACCGCUUUUCUUUUUAUUGCUAUUAGAGGACGACCAGGAACGAACGUGUUUAUUUAUUUAAUUACUCGCUAGUUCUUGUGUGUGUGUGUGUGGGGGGAAGUCGAAAUAUUCCAAGCCAUCUCGUGUGCGCGCGUUUCCAUGAGUGCUAGCUAGUUGUUGUGUUUUUUUUUUAAACUAUUGUUAAUUUGAGCCCAGUUUACUAGGCAAUGGUUAGUAUUAUGCAGCUGCUUAUUCUUUUGGUCACGUGUGUGUGUGUGUGUGUGUGUGUUUCUUAUGAGAAGCUGUGGCCUUGCAGAGGAAUUUCCAGCCUGCCCUGAGGAACAGUUUAAACGGGUUACUGUAAACUAGCAUGAAGGUGUGGACCAUAUAUUAGAUGGUCUCUUAUAGGGGUGUGUGUGUGUGUGAGAGAGAGACUAUAGUUGCGUGUCUUUAGCAGUCCAACCAGAUUUCCAUCCCAUACUUGAUUCUUGCUCUUUAAGCUUUGUCCAUCGUAUGUCAGGUGCAAUCAAAUUCAGCACAAAACUAAGCAGAAAAAAAUUCUUUCUUUUGAGACAAGGGAAACCAUACAACCUUAAGCCAAAUGACCAAUGACCUCUGGGUUAGAAAGGUCAAAAAUGGUGCAUGUUUACUGUAGGCAUUUUUAUUUUUUUUUGGAAGGGGAGGAAGGAAUAAACUGGGGACAUUGCAAUAGGUUUACACAGAGCGUAUUUGUUAUUCCAGAAUAAGAGAGUAGCACCAGGGUACCAUCGGUCAUCCGAUUAUGACACGCAGGCCUCGAUGAACUGAACAGGAACUCGAAAGCACAAGCAUCAGAGUUGGACCUAGGACUUUAAAAACUGAUCCUUGUUCCUAGGGACCACCUUUUUAUCUGGGAAAGAACACUCAAUUUUUUUGGGGGGGAGGAAUUGGUGACGGGUGGCUGCUAGCUGGAUUCUCCACUUAGUGCUUUCCCAGCAGACCAUAUCACAAUGUCUUGCGUUGCGUUGAGCUGCUUUCGCAGUGCCUUUUUUUUUUGUUUUCUCCCAAGCAGGUUUUCUUUUUAAACAUCACCAUUCACAGCUUAAGUGGUGCUUCCUCUACAGACCUAACUUUUAGCCAUACGAUACGUUAAUCGAGCCUUUUUUGCCGAAGGAUGACUCUGAAUCCAUUCGAACUGUCGCUUCAGUUCAAUGGUCUGUUGUUUUUUUUUUGUUUUUUUUUUUUCCUCAUCGGAAAAAAGGAGUCGUUCUUAACUGAGCAGCUUUUUUUUUUUUUUUCUUUCCCCUACAGGGUGUAUGGCUUUAACUUCUGCUAUUCACAUGCUCAGAUUUUCAUGUAAGGUGUUUUUUUUUUUUUAGGGUUGUCGUUCUAACCAAAGUCGUGUUCGUUUUGUAGCGUUCAUAAUUUAGCAAAAAAAAAAAGAGAGAGAAAACACCGGCUUGGUGGUGAGACUUGGUGCAGUCGCCCCUCAGCUUUUUUUUUUUUUUUUACUGAAUGCUUCCUUAUUGCCAAAGGUUGAUUAACUGUUCAGUGUACAGACGUGCUUCCUUUUCAUUUUACAUCGAAGCUACAACAUUUCAAAAAGAUAUAUAUAUAUUAGGACCGGACUCUUAUUCUCCAAAUCUAGACAUGCAAUAUUUGCGCAAUUAGUAAAGAGACAAUCAGUCAAAAGGGCUUUUAAUUUCCCCUCUUUUUAUUAUGUUUAUUUGUAAAAAAAAAAAUAAUAAUAAUUUCCAGUGUAUUCGAGACCACAGGGAAUUAAGAUGGUGUAAGUUGUGCUCUUAACCUAAAUUGUUCAGAGUCUCACUGAAGCCAUGGGGACAGUUUAAAUGUAACACGAAGCACCAGUGUUUCUGGGUCUAAUCCCCCCCCCCCCCCUUCAUGUGAGAAUAUUCACUGAAAUGCGUAGGGGAUCGUAGUCGUGUGCUGCAGAGUGCAGCAGAAUUGGCCAAUGUUUUUAUCAGUUUUGCAAUAAAAUCUUUAACCACGUACUUGAAGAAAGAAAAUUCUAACGUGACUCGUUUUAAUCCGACGGUUAAAAACGUUCCCGGCGCGUUUAUCUGGUGAACGAAGUCAUAGGACGCAGAUGAUGCUUCGUCUUUGUUUAACGUAAGGAAUGGGUCAGGGGUGGACGCGUUAUAAACACGCAUGUCAGAGCUCCGGCGUGCCUAAAGAUGGGGAAAACAAACCAACCAAUAUCGUUAAGAUAAAACGUUGUAACGUAUAGUAGGGAGGGGGGGGAGGAAGGGUGUGUGUGUG